GGAGUCGCCUGUGCAGCGGACGAUGCCCCUCCUAACCCAGCAGAUCCAAGCUGAGGAUUCUUACAGCUUGGUGGCUAGCCUUGACAACGUCAGGAAUCUCUCGACGAUUCUGAAAGCUAUUCAUUUCCAAGAUCAUGCCACAUGUUUUGCUACUAAAAAUGGAAUCAAAGUUACAGUGGAAAAAGCCAAGUGUGUGCAAGCAAAUGCUUUUAUUCAGGCUGGAAUAUUCCAAGAAUUUGUGGUUCGGGAAGAGUCUCUUACAUUUCGAAUUAAUUUGACCGUUCUUUUAGACUGCUUAUCUAUAUUUGGAUCAAGUCCUACGCCAGGCACUUUAACUGCCCUUCGGAUGUGUUACCAAGGUUAUGGGUACCCUCUGAUGCUGUUUUUGGAAGAAGGAGGAGUGGUGACUGUGUGCAAAAUCAAUACUCAGGAGCCUGAGGAGACUCUGGAUUUUGAUUUCUGCAGCACCAACGUUAUUAACAAAAUCAUUCUGCAGUCCGAGGGGCUCCGUGAAGCGUUUUCCGAAUUGGACAUGACGAGUGAGGUGCUGCAGAUCACCAUGUCUCCGGACAAGCCAUAUUUCCGGUUGUCUACUUUUGGAAAUGCAGGAAGCGCCCACCUUGACUAUCCCAAAGAUUCUGAUUUGAUGGAAGCGUUUCACUGUAAUCAGACCCAGGUUAAUAGAUACAAGAUUUCUCUACUGAAACCAUCUACGAAGGCAUUAGUCCUAUCUUGUAAGGUAUCUAUUCGAACUGAUAACCGAGGAUUCCUCUCUCUGCAGUAUAUGAUUAGAAAUGAAGAUGGACAAAUAAGCUUUGUGGAGUAUUACUGCUGCCCUGAUGAAGAAGUUCCUGAAUCUGAGUCUUAGUGUCCCAGUUGACUG